AUGCAAAUAUCCAAAGCGCUGUCCGAUUCGCGGCUUUCCAACCAAAUCUCCUAUCUACAGAACGAGUUAGUUCCCCAGCUCUACGAGGAUCUCAGCCCUCCUCCUCCUCCUCCUCCUCUGCCCACCGACCCACCGAUUACAGUUGUCCCUGAUUUUAGUGAUCCACGUCAGGUCCGCCAUUUGACGGUGCUUUUGCAGAGCCGAGCAGAUAACUUGCAGGGCUGGUUGGCCGGUGCUACAUCACUUGGCGAGAUGGGAAUCCAGCCUGCAAAUGAAAUCGGGACUAAGGCCACCGUCAGCAAGUUCCAAAAUCUGAAUGAUCGUGAAAGCUUAGCCUUACUAACCAGUGACCAGCUGUCCGGCCCCUCGACAGCAAGACCCGCUUGGAAUCAAGUCAAAAAUAUACCCCGAAAAGUCAGCUUGGGAGUCAAUAGGCCUAACUAUCCAUUUUCGAAUGGUAGGCAAGUGGAGGAAAGUACUGCGUGGCCGAGGGCCGAGCACACUCAGAAGGUUCUUCCUCUCACGUACAGGGCACCAGUGGCCCCGGGAAUCCCGAUUGAUGCUGGUGAUCUUACCAUCGCAUCCAAUGAGAAUGCUGAAUGGCGACAUGGGGAGGGACGUCGAUCGGCAUUUAGAGCAGUACUUAGUAAUGCUAGUCUGCGAAAUGCGCCACGUCUUGGCUCUACAGCAUUUCGAAACAUCGUAAGUAGACCAUUUUUCGUCUUAAUCAACUGA